GCUUUCAGUCUUGUGCCUGUCAUAAAGGGGUAAACGUCGGAUGUCGUCAAGGGUUUGCAAUACUUGAUACAGCGCUUAGAUUGGAAGUGUUAGAGAGGUCACCUCAUCACUUUGAUCUACGACAGCGGGAACUCUCAAAAUUCGCUUGAAAUGUUUAGAAAUAGCGGACAGUGGUGCGACGCAGUCACAAUCUCAGAUCUCAAAUUUAACGCGGGAGGCACGUGCAGCUAAUCUCAGACGCAGCAUAACCGUUAGCUAUGGACUGUCAGAUUUAUGGAUUUCUUGUGUUCGUGUUCUUGUGCGGCCUUCAUGGGGGUGCAGUCCGUGGUCAGCUAGUUUGUAAUGACUGUGACACAACGCUUUGCGAGAAACCGGUUGAUUGUCCAGGAGACAUUAUCCUGGACCAGUGCAGAUGCUGCCAUGUGUGCGCGAGGAUGGAGAACGACACGUGCGGGGGUCCAUUCGAUGCCUUCGGACGCUGCGCCGACGGGCUAGUAUGCUUUGGAUCUAUACAGUCUCUGGAUACUUUAUUUGGAGUUUGCAAACCGAAGGACUUCAAACCUGAAAACAGGACAGACGUGAUUUCUAAUAUUCUAGAGGAAGAGAUUGAUCCAUGUGCCGACAUACGCUGUCAGGUCGUCUUUGCUCCAAGAUGUCCGUCGGAUUCUAAAGCUAUCGGGGGCAACAUUUUACCUGGUGAAUGUUGCCCGUCGGCUGCCAAAUGUGUUUGCAACUACUUGGAAUGUUUGAAUCCUGUGUGUUCAGCGGGAUACAAUAAAGUAGUGACGAGCAGGAAUACCGGAGUGCCGGGAAGAUGCUGUGAUAUUUAUGAAUGCAGACCAAUAAAUGACCCAUGUGCUAAAGUUGAGUGUGAGGAGAUAGACCAAAACUUGAAAUGUCCUGCAGAUAGCUUUAAAUUACCAAGCAUUCCUUCAGCAGAUGGCUGUUGCCUUGUACAGCAGGGAUGUACCUGCCGUCCAAAAACCGCCUGCACUGCCCCUUCAUGCCCUGAGGGACUGAAGGUACAAAUCCUUGAAGCUGCUUCAGAAAAGCCGGGAAAAUGCUGUGAUACUUUCAAGUGCUAUAAUGGUUCGAUGAAAAUGUGUGAUUACCUUGGGAUAAAGCUCUUGGAUGGUGAAUCUAUCACGGUUGACAAAUGUACCAAGUGCCGUUGUGAAAAUGGCUUAUCAAUGUGUCAGACUGAAACCUGCAACGACAUUCCAUUGUGUGGUUGGCUUGAGACUCCAGCUGGAGAAUGUUGCCCGGUGUGUCAAGGUUGCUUAGCAUCUAGCGGCAAAGCGUACAAAAAUGGCGAGCAGUGGAAUGAAGGAAACGACUGUGUACAUUGUCAUUGUGUUGACGGAGAGGUUUAUUGCCAAGCAGAGAUGUGCGCAGUUCAUUGCUCGAAACCGAGGAAAAUUCCUGGUCAAUGUUGUCAAGUUUGUGAUGACCCCGAGGUAGUAACUGUAGCUCCGAACUGUCCCCGAAUGGACAACUGUACGAGGCUGUGUGCUGCAGGAUGGGACAAGGAUGACCGAGGAUGCUACAUAUGUAGCUGCAGGCCACCGCUCUGCGACCUCAAAUGUCCAUACGGGUUUAGACUAGACCAAGAUGGCAACCAAGUGUGCAACUGCGUAGACCCACCCCCGGGCUGCAUGACCCUCAAAAGGUGCACAAAAUCAUGCAUAUAUGGAUAUAAACGUGGGAAGAAUGGGUGCCUAAAAUGCCGCUGCAACACUUGUCCGUUUUUCUCCUGCCAAAAGAAUUGUACGUUUGGUUAUGCGGUAAAUAGCGAGGGCUGUCGAAUAUGUAAAUGUCAAGUCAAUCCUGCCCCACCUAAUGAAAGAACAACCACAGUAGCUCCAACAGAAAAAGCCACAACGAUUGCCAUGAUACAGCGUCCCUCAAUUUCACCACAAAUGUGCUUAUCCUCUGAAGGGCGGGUCUUUGAUGACGGAGAGUCCUGGUAUGAUGGAUGCCGCCAUUGUUAUUGCCAUAGAGGGCAAGAGAUGUGUGCGUUGAUCACGUGCCCGGGAGUCAACUGUAUCAACCCAAUCAUUCGAAUGGGCGAUUGCUGUCCAUCUUGCCCAGGUGACGACCUGUCUGGGCCAGCUGUUGUGCCCUCAAAAUGUUUCUCCUACAAGGGAGAAUAUAAGGCUGAGGGGGAAACCUGGGCAAUGGAUGAAUGUACGGAGUGUAUCUGCCACAACAGCAACGUCCUCUGCGAAAUGGAACGAUGUCUACCUCUACCGUGUAAACAACCGGUAAAACUGCCAGGAAUGUGCUGCCCAAUUUGCAAAGAAAAUGAAAUCUCAAUUGAUGUUCCUGAGACGAACCAGUCGUGUUCAUCAGUGAAUGGUGGAUCCUACAGACAUGGCGACACGUGGAGGACGAACCCUUGCAUGAGUUGUACGUGUCGCCAUGGGCAGAUCCACUGCUUCUCCCAGACAUGCCCCAUCCUCAAAUGUAACAAUACAGUCCUAAGGAAGGGGCAGUGUUGUCCUUAUUGCUUCGAUCCAGAACCAGAGGACACUGGGAAGUGUAAAUACCAUGAAACUCUGUAUGAUCCCGGGGAACGCUGGUCUCCCACGUUAUGUAAGAGGUGCAGGUGCUCGAAGGGCAGGGUCAAGUGCCACGAGAAGGUGUGUGCCAAAAUGGACAACUGCGCCCUGUCGCAUAUACCACCUGGGGAAUGCUGCCCUGUGUGUUCAGAAUUCAAAGUGAAAAAGGCAAAUAAAAGCAAAACUGAAAGCAGAGAACGCAAAACAGCCAAUGUUUCACCACAUGACAACACCACUGAAGAUGAUAAUGGUGGUCAGAUCGAAAUGACAAUCAUCGCAAUCCUGGUGACAAUCAUAGCAGUUCUCUCUCUCGUAGUUCUAGCACUUUUUAUCGUCUGCAUCCGGCGCAGAAAUAGACAUUCAGUUGACAUCGACUCGGUGCCAAAAUCCCGGUCACAUGAUCGUAAUCUCAACAAUAAACAAAACAAAAAUCCCAAACGGGCAAAGCGGGAUGAAAAGCCACCACGAAGGAGACCACCGAGCUGUGCGAAUGUCGAUUUAACAGGUGUGUUGGAUUCGUCACAACCGGAUAUUAUAUCCGUUAAGGGCAUGGAUCCGUAUAAACUAUCAUUGGAUGAUUCAGGGAGGCAUCUAGAACGCGGCGGCAUUACGACUUUCACUAGCGACAAAGAAUACGUUGAAGACAGUAAACGGAGAUUACCUGAUAAGUAUAAACCAAAUUCGGAGUGCGCUGCUAUAAUUCAUGUAAAGAAAAGUCCACAGAAGUCAUCGGAUGUGUAGUCGGGGCUUUGGCACCACCUUGUACAUUCUCACAGCUUCAAUAUCAGUUCUGUGGUGCCAGUUGACAUUUCAUUGGUUUGGUUAUCUGAAUGAUUAGUUAUAAGUUACUGGGUAGAUUCUAGAUCAUGUCUUUAACCAGUGAAAAAAACAUUUAUUACGGCUUUGAUGAUACUAAAUCUCAAGUUAAAGUUUGAGUGAAAUUUAUGUUUGAGUAAAACUUAUUCCGGAUUGUGAAUUUAAGUGCAACGUGUUCUUCAUUUUGUAAAUAGCUCACAAAAUAACUAAAGUAUUGACGUAUCACUGGUGAUAUAUAGACUUUGUAACAACUAAUAAUAUUUUUGUGCGAGGUUUGUAAAUUUGUAGAUUUCUAAGCGACUUCAGCUGCAAUAAUGCACGAAAGCAGCCUAAAAAGGUGAAAAAGGACCAAAAACAAGGGAUGGGAUAGAUUUUAUUUGUUCUCUUUUCCCACUGGAGUGCUGGCCCUUGAUAAGAUGGUGCGUCAAUUUGAUUUGCUCCUAUUGAAAAGGAAAAAAAAAAAAGGAAGACGGUUGCUUGGUUUCAAUUGUGAUAGUUUAUUACUGGUGUGACCCUGGGAGUUAAGUUCUCUUUAGGAGUUUAGGAGUUAAGGAGGCAACUAUUCAAGAGGCACUGUUUCAGUAAGACACUGUGUGUACUAGUCGAAUGAUUUGGGAAAUAUAUGGGGCCAUUAAAGUGACAUGCUCAAGAAAUAUAAUUAGAUUUUUCAUGAGAAGUGAAACAUAUAUCAAUAGCUAUUUGUCAAGUUAAUGUUUUGAAUUCUCUCAUAAGUUAAAAUGUGAGGAGCAGUGAAGUAGCUACCAGAUGCACCCUAUUAAAUUUCUUUAAACACAAGUUAAAAUGUCUUUUUCUCAACAUUUCCUGUACCUUGAUUAUUUUCCGGCCAUGCAGAUCAUAUUGUUUUCUCUGCAGAGAGACAUUGAUUUGCUUCGGUGAGAAUAGAAGAAAAUUAUUGUAAAACCAUGGUCACAAUUAUGUACUGUAUCAAUAAUUUGCUUGCCUGAAAAUUAGCCAUUUUCAGAGAGAAAAAAUGACUUGACAUUUCUGUCUUUACUAAUUAUCUUGACUUUAUGCUAAUGAUGACUGUUAAAAUAAUAUUUGUGUAUAUUUUGCCCAUGACUCCUGCAUUCUAUAUGAAGGUAUACAUUGUACAUAUAACUGAUAUCGUGUUAUCAUUUUAUACCUUUCAUGAUUUGAAGAAAAACUGCCAUGUCGAUGUGCGUGUGUGUAGUGUGUUUGUAAAAUUUCGUAAAAGUAGCUAUGUCGUAAUGUAUAUUAUUAUAUAUACAUGUACUGUACUUGUGUGAAUUGAAUAUAAAAUGUGUGAGAUGAUGGAUUGUGCAGAAUGAGUCUUAUCCUAUGGCUAUAAUAUUUGCUAUUAUUCAGCAUCUUUAAGUGUGAUAUAAUUGCAGGGUUUUGUAAAGAUAGAAAAGUGGAAAGCUGUAUAAUAUGGUUGGAGCUUGCUCAGAGUUGAUAUAGAGUAUUCUACGGGAUAAUUUUUGGGCACUGGUUGAGUUUGAACCAGUUUCUAUACUCCAGCUAUCCCAUCAUUGGAUAUGACACUUUAAAGUCCUACGGUACUCCUUUCAUUAAAAAUCUUAACUUUAAUGGGGACAUACUGUAUAUCAAUGUUUACAGAUUUAAGGAAGUUUUCCCGAAUGAUUUGAAAAAAGGCAUUGAUGGAAAAAGAAAAAGUCGCAUUUUUAUGGGCAUUGAGAAGUGGUUGUGAUUUCUUAGGAUUGUUCAGGGAUGGAGGAACUUGUUGUCAUAACUUGAGUCUCACAUUUUGGGUGGUUGUAAAUGAACGAUACAAUGGUAUUACCUAAAAUUGUAUAAACACAUUGCAGAUAUUUCAAAAUUUAAAAGAAUAAAAGAACUCUGGCUGUUGGAGGGGGGGGGUUACACUAAUAUGACUCUUGUGGGCUACAUUCUUCGAUGUGAAAGUAAUACUUGUAUAUAAGUGAAGUAACUAUCAAGUGGUACUUUGAAAUUUGCUCAAAAUACUUUUUGUACAAAAUUUCUGAUAUGUGCUUCUUUUCAUUGAAUGUUUGUGUUGACAAAUCGAGUGAUUUACUUUGUAUCUUUCUUUUGGUUUCAAGUAUAAUUACGCUGUAAACCCCAUUGUGAUCAUGAUUCUGAGGAAAAAGUUUUGAUUUCAUAAAACUUCUAGUGAUGUCUUCAAAAAGGGAGACUAUGAGCAGGAGGCUGGUGGAGCUGAGUAAGAGACACAAAAUCACCUAGAGGUGUCUUUACCAUCAAUCUCACCGUAUAUUGACAUUAUUCACGCUAUUACCUAUUUGUGUGAGAUAUAUUUUUCCGAUUAAAUGUAUCCAAGCAUUCUAAAUUAGUCACUUUGAAAUUACCAACUGGACCCCGCUCCAGUUGUACAGAAUAGAUUCAUUGAUAAUGGGGUUCGCAGUUCCUUUCAGCUUACUGUUCAAUUAAGUCUCAAUAAACUGUUAACCCUUUAUAAAUUUUGUUUUACACAUUUUCUACUUUGGAUCUUUUUACCAGUCAAUAUCAAGUUUGUACCAGUAAUUGUUUGAUAUAAAUACAAGUAACCUUGUUGUCAAAUAGACUUCCUUUUAUAUCUUCAGAGAUCUUCAUGAAGUUUCAUUUACCCAGAAUCGUUAGCGUUGUCUUCAGAUUCUCCAUAUGUAUCUUCCCUAAUGCCUAGACUGUGUUAAAACUUUCACAAUACAUGUACUUUAUGAAAUCGUUGGUUUCUUCCAAAUUAUGGAUGUUCCGUCACUGGUAUUUCCACCAUGUGAAGACAGCAUUUCCAUAUAGUGCACAUUGUCAGUAUUGCAGAAGGAACUGUGCGUAAAUACACCAACAUGGAUUGGACAAAAUUGACCUGACAUUGUCGCACUAUUUGAUGUGGCACAGAUAUAGGCUCAACUGCCAGCAACAGGGAGUAUGGACAGGAGCUAUCCUACUUGAUUCUGGCAGUUGAGUCAAAUAACUUGAUCAUAGGUGCCUGUUACAUGUCCUGAUGUGAUUACAAUCUAUUAUUCGGAUUGGUAUGAUGUAUUAUAUAUGAUGUAAAAUCUUCCUGAAUAUAGUUGUCAUUUUGUCUGUAAUAUUCUCAUAAAUGAUAUUUAUGUUGAUUCAUACAAGAUUAAAUCUGAUGUGCCUAAAUAAAAUAUG